GCUGCAGCCGCUGGCCAUGGCUGCGUCGGGCCCGGAGCCCCGGCUUCUGCUGCUCCUGCUGCUGCUGCUGCCGCCGCUGCCCCCGGUGACUUCUGCCUCCGAUCGGCCCCGGGGCUCCAACGCUGUCAACCCAGACAAAUUGCUGGUGAUCACUGUGGCCACGGCAGAGACAGAGGGAUACCGGCGUUUUCUGCAGUCUGCGGAGUUCUUUAACUACACUGUCCGGACCCUGGGCCUGGGCCACGAGUGGCGAGGGGGCGACGUGGCUCGAACCGUUGGUGGAGGCCAGAAGGUCAGAUGGCUGAAAAAGGAGAUGGAGAAAUACGCAAACCAGGAAGACAGGAUUAUCAUGUUUGUAGACAGCUACGACGUGAUUCUGGCCAGCAGCCCCGCAGAGCUGCUGAAGAAGUUUGUCCAGAGUGGCAGUCAUCUACUGUUCUCUGCUGAGAGCUUCUGCUGGCCCGAGUGGGGGCUGGCAGAGCAGUACCCUGAGGUGGGCACGGGGAAGCGCUUCCUCAACUCUGGUGGAUUCAUUGGCUUUGCUCCCACCAUCCAUCAAAUCGUCCGCCAGUGGAAAUAUAAGGAUGAUGAUGAUGAUCAGUUGUUCUACACUCGACUGUACCUGGACCCAGGGCUGCGGGAGAAACUCAAACUUAAUCUGGACCAUAAGUCCCGGAUCUUCCAGAACCUCAAUGGAGCCUUAGAUGAGGUGGUCUUAAAGUUCGACCAGAAUCGUGUGCGCAUCCGGAAUGUGGCCUACGACACCCUUCCUGUUGUGGUCCACGGAAACGGUCCCACUAAGCUGCAGCUCAACUACCUGGGGAACUAUGUCCCCAAUGGCUGGACUCCCCAGGGAGGCUGUGGAUUCUGCAACCAGAACCAGAGGACACUCCCGGGGGGGCAGCCUCCCCCCCGGGUGCUUCUGGCCGUGUUUGUGGAGCAGCCUACACCCUUCCUGCCUCGAUUCCUCCAGCGACUGCUGCUCCUGGAUUACCCCCCGGACAGGAUCUCUCUUUUCCUUCAUAAUAACGAGGUGUACCAUGAGCCCCACAUUGCCGAUGCCUGGCCACAGCUGCAGGACCACUUCUCAGCAGCAAAGCUAGUAGGACCAGAGGAAGCGCUGAGCCCAGGGGAGGCCAGGGACAUGGCCAUGGAUAGAUGUCGGCAGGACCCCGAGUGCGAGUUCUACUUCAGCCUGGAUGCUGAUGCUGUCCUUACCAACCCCGAGACCUUGCGCAUCUUGAUUGAACAAAACAGGAAGGUAAUAGCCCCCAUGCUUUCCCGCCAUGGCAAGCUCUGGUCCAACUUCUGGGGUGCCCUGAGCCCCGAUGAGUACUAUGCCCGCUCCGAAGACUACGUGGAGUUGGUACAGCGGAAGCGAGUGGGCGUGUGGAACGUGCCCUACAUAUCCCAGGCAUAUGUGAUCCGCGGGGAGACCCUGAGGGCGGAGCUGCCCCAGAAGGAGGUGUUCUCUGGCAGUGACACUGACCCAGACAUGGCUUUCUGUAAGAGCCUCCGGGAUAAGGGCAUCUUCCUCCACCUCAGCAAUCAGCACGAGUUCGGCCGGCUGCUGGCCACGUCUCGCUAUGACACUGACCACUUACACCCAGACCUCUGGCAGAUCUUCGACAACCCUGUGGACUGGAAAGAACAGUACAUCCAUGAGAACUACAGCCGGGCCCUGGAUGGGGAGGGGCUGGUGGAGCAGCCAUGCCCAGAUGUGUACUGGUUCCCACUGCUGACAGAGCAGAUGUGUGAUGAGCUGGUGGAGGAAAUGGAACACUAUGGCCAGUGGUCUGGAGGCCGGCACGAGGAUUCCAGGCUGGCUGGAGGAUACGAGAAUGUUCCUACCGUGGACAUACACAUGAAGCAGGUCGGGUACGAAGACCAGUGGCUUCAGCUGCUGAGGACAUAUGUGGGGCCCAUGACCGAGUACCUGUUCCCUGGCUACCACACCAAGACACGGGCAGUGAUGAACUUCGUGGUCCGUUACCGGCCAGAUGAGCAGCCCUCACUUCGGCCACACCAUGACUCGUCCACCUUCACCCUCAAUGUUGCCCUCAAUCACAAGGGCGUGGAUUAUGAGGGAGGUGGCUGCCGCUUCCUGCGUUAUGACUGCAGAGUCUCAUCGCCCAGGAAGGGCUGGGCUCUCCUGCACCCUGGCCGCCUCACACACUACCAUGAGGGCCUGCCCACCACCCGGGGCACUCGAUACAUCAUGGUGUCCUUUGUUGACCCCUGACACUCGACCAGUCUGCCAAACCUUCUCUGCCAUUGUGCCUUGUUGGGCCCUGGGGGUCCCAUUCUGCUGUUCUCAGAGAGAGGGGCCCUGGCUCUUCUCAUUUCCUGAGUGCGUCUGUGUGCCUGGGACUGAAUGUCCAGCCCCAGCAUCCCUCCCAGGAGGUCCCUGGAGUCUUCCACCUUCCCACUGACCCCAUGGACUCAGGGGGAGUGAACUCUUCUUUUUUUGUUUGUUUGUUUUUUGUUUGUUGAGACAAGGUUUCUCUGUGUAUCCCUGGCUGUCCUGGAACUCUGUAGACCAGGCUGGCCUCGAACUCGCAGAGAUCCACCUGCCCCUGCCUCACAAGUGCUGGGAUUAAAGGCGUGCACCACUGCUGCCCAGCAGGAGCGGACUUCUGAGAGUUCCCUGCCUGAUAAAUUAUUGUGCUUCCUCAGCCUCACUUUCAAUAAAAGGGUGUUUGUAA